CAUUAAUAUGAUAAUUUAUUUCUAAUUAUAAAAGAUAUAUGCUUCCUUUACAAUAUAUAAUUUUUGUUUUGUAUCAUGUAUCAUAUGAUACAGGUCUUUUCAACUUAAUACACUUUUCUCAUAGAGAUACUUAUCAUUUUGUACACCUUAACCUAUAUUUUAGUGAUAAUAUGAUUUUGUCUUAUUUUAAUCUUUUACAAAACAUUACAUGGCAAAUUUUAUACCUUAACUUUCCUUUUUAUGGUAAAUGAUAGAUUUUAUAUCCGUAAUAGUAUUUUUUAAGAAACAUAACAUAGUUAACAUUGUAUGCAAGAAAUAUGUAUAUAUACAUAAUUCUAAAGAGAACACAAUGUUUAAAGUAUAUAUUAUCAAUAUUACAUCAUCAAUUAUACUUGAUACUUUCGUGAGAAUGCUGUAUUUUGACUUUUAAACAAAGUAUUUUGCGAAUACUUCACAUCUUAUGUUAAAGUAUUUUACAUUAUAGCGCAUGCGUUGACAAAAUUUGAGAUGUAAAUUACACUAUCUGUAUAGGUCAAUAGUUUUGUAGAGAUAUUCUUGCCAAUCAAAUUUAUACCUUACAAAUUAUUUAUUUAAGACACGUUUUCAGUAUAAACAAUUCAAGGGUAUAGUAGAUGUAAUCUGAACUUUAAGUUUAAAAGCAUUGCAUAUACUAACGGUCAAGAAUAAAAGUGGCAACAUCGCUUGUCGCUUGUUUAGGUUGCGGUGUUGCGGCUACUCGAUGAACGGGUAUCACAGUGUAUCUUCGUUUCUGGCAUUUAUUGUAAAUAUAACGUAUUUUUGUAAGACAAAAAGCAUAUACAUCACUGAUUGAAGACUACUACAUUAUACUACAACGCUAAAAAACAGUAAAUGAGUAACUUGUGACAUUGUCUUAAGUAUUUCAUCUUUAUUAUAAUGGAGACUUUAAGAAAUGAUAAUGUACAUACUCCUGAUUCCAUAAGUUCCUUAUCUUGUAUUAAUACAAAUGACAUUAAUGAAUUAUCAAAAGAGAAAGAAGAGGAGCUUUUAUAUGGUACAGGUGAUGAUGGGGAUGAAGAAGAUGCACUCUCAGAUGAUAGUAUACGCCUGAGACUCUCUGAUGAUGAUGAAAUUGAAUCUGAAAAUGUUUUAACAGUUGGUUUAGAUAAUCAAGAAAAUAAAUCGAAAAGUGGUAAAAGUGAAAUAAGAUCUGAGAAACAUGAAGAUGUACAACUUUCUUCUGCCCCAGAAAAUGACAUAGUGAAAAAUAAUAUUACUGUGAAGGAAAUUCAAAGAGAAGAUUGUUCAGGUAAUGUUUCCAUAAAUGAAAACUUAGUAACUGAUCAUACAAAAGAUAUCAAAAUAAAUGAAAAUAGACCAAUAAGGUCACAAGUACUUCACAUGCCUCAUAGACAAAAUUAUGAACCACAAUGGAGAUUUAUGAAUUCUGUUAAUGCUCGCUCGUUUCGUGGUGUUAAUCAUUUUCCAUAUAGAUAUCGUUAUUUAACACCUAGGGGACACUACAGACUUCAGUCACAUGACUAUAAUAACAGAUUUAAUCAUACUUUUCCUCUUUUUGAACAAGGAAGAGGCAGUGGAAAAUUCAAUUCGUUUAACAAAUCAAUGUAUAAUAACAGGCAGCAAAAGAGAGGUUUCAAACCUAGUGUUACAAAAAAAUCUAAUGGUUCAACUGAAUAUCAAAAUUUUGCAUCUUCUUCAAAUACAAAUACUUCAAAAAUUGAAGUUGAUAAUGAUAUCAUAGUUAUAAGUGAAAAUGUUAAUAAGGCAACUGAAAAGGAUAAUAUAUUGAAUAGUGAGUGUUCAAUUAUAAAUGAAAAUAAUGACGAUAAAUCACAUGAAUUACUUAAUAGAAAAGUAGAGAGUACUGUCAGUGAUGAUGUUGUUUCUGAAGAAAGUCAGGCGGAUACUAAUUGUAUUAACGACUUUCCAGAAUUGCAACAUAAAAUCAAGGUUUCAGAGGAAAAUUCAUUAUCUAAUCAUGUUGAAUGUAAUGAUGUUUCAGUUACUGAAGCUAGUGCACCCAGUAACACUUCCAAUGAAAAAUCUGUGAGUUCUCAUGAUAGUAAUAAACAAAGAGAUAAAAUAAAUAUAAGUAGCACAAUUGAUAAAAAUGUUUAUAUUUCUGAUAAUUCUAAGGAAGUGGAAAUAUUAAGUGUAGAUGUAAAAUCUACAUCGAGUGAAAUUAAAAUCACAAGCUGUAUUGAAAAGAAUAACAUAGAUAAUCAACAUGAAGAUGAAACAAUUAAAACUACGACUGAUACGGAUACGAAAGAAAUUGAAGAUAUUGAGAAUAUCUGUGCGUCAGAAAAAAACGAAGUUAACACUGAUGAUCAGUUAUCAACAGUAAAUCAGAGUACAGAAUUAUCUGAAAGUAGUGAUAAAGGUGUUUCAAAUAACUUAGAAGAAGAAUUGAUAGUAAAUAAUGAAGUAAUAAUAAAUGAAGAAGUAACAAAUGAUAAAGUAGAAGAGACUUUUAAAACACAAGAAGAUGUACAAAAUACGAAUUCAAACGAAAAUGAAAAUAAUGAAAAUAAUGAAAAUAAUGAAAAUAAUGUUAUUGAUACGACGGAUACUACAGUAAUAAAUGAUUUGACAAAUGAGAAAACUAAUAAUGAAAUUAGGAUCAUACAAAAUGAUUUAUCAGUUGAACCAGGUAAAGAUGAGACAUGUCAUAAUGAUCAGUUAAAUACAAACAACAGUACAAAUCUAACUGAAGUAGUUGCUUUUAAAAAUCAGUUAACUCAUUCGGAUGAUCAUGAUCUUCAGGAGCAAAAUGUAAAUGUUACUCAAGACAAUGAAAAAUGUAAAGAAAAAGAAAAUGAAAAUUCACCUACAACUGCUACAAAUAGUACAAUAAAAUUAAGUGACAUUAUUGAAUCGGUAUUGGAUAGAAACAACUUGUUUAAUGUAAAAUCACAAGAUGAAUCAUUGGGUUUUGCUACAGGUGUAAGGGACAAUAGUGAUAAUAGUGAUAAAAGGACUGAUGAAGUUUCAGCAAAUACACAAAGAAGAAGGAAACGUACGAAAAAAAUGAAUCUAGCAGUACAAGAAGCUUCUACUGAAGAAGAUAAGCAAGUUAAGGAAAGCGGAAGACAAAAAAGACAAACAGCAAAACAUGCAGAAGAAAUAAUAAGAGAGAAAUUUCUUAAUCGCGAUAGCGAUUUGGAAUCGAGUGAUGAUUCAGAAAAAUUUGUUACUGUAAAUCAUAAAAUGAGUCAAGAUAUGUGUCCAUUAUCUCCUCCUUCAUUAAAACGUAGUUAUUCUGACAUUGAUAGCACCACUAUGAAUGGUACUGUUAAGAAAGUUAAAAUAAAUUCUACAGAACUUUCUGAUGAAUUAGCAACAAAAGAAGAUAAUUCUCAAAAUGUUAAGAAUCUUAAUUAUGUUCAUAAAUUCUUUCAAAGAGAUUUAAAGGAAAAACUGCCUAAAUUGAAGCAGGAAGAAUUAGAGGAACUUUUAAUACAAAAGAUUGUUGAAACAAUUACAAUGCGCGGUGAAAUAGGUAAAUUGAGAGAGCAAGCGCGAAUCUCGGAACGAAAUCAGGAAGCAACGCGAGCAAAAUGCCAGCAGUUAGCUAAGCAAAUCAAAGAUUUUGAAAUGGUAUUAAAUCGUAACGCUGCUGACAGGCGGGCAAAUAAUGAUAAGCCUGUUCCACCGAUAAAAAUCAAUAGAUCAGUUGGAUUGCAAGUUAAUUUUGUAACGGAUCAUGGAAUGCAAAAUUUGCGACAAUUGCAACAGAAUUCCAGUAUGAAAGCUUUACAAAUUCCAAAUAAUGGUAAUGCGCCGAAUAUACCUAACAAUGAAACAAAUAACGCAGUGAGUCCAAGAAGAGGUAUUAAAGUGAGAUCUCCUAGACGAACAGAUUCAAUAAACGCACAAACACCGGUGGUGUCGCAAAAUCAUACUCAGUCUUCAAACAUUAUGCCUACCAUAACUCCUGCAGCUUUAGUUGUUGCUAAAUCUGUAGAUACACAACAUAAUUUACCAUUACCUAAUCAAUCUAAUGUUCAACAAAUUAUAUCAAACUCACCAGUACAACAACAACAACAACAACAGACUCAACAAACUAUAGUUUUAAAUGGAAAACUUCCGAAUCAAAUAAAUCGACAAGGUCCUGCUGUAGCGAAUACACAAACCCGAACAAAUGAUCUUAUUGAUCUAACAGAUGAAGAAGAGAAAAGUAAAGCUGCCAGUGCACCAGUAUCUACAACUACAAUAAGUGAACCACAAAUAAGUUUAGCACAAUCUUGCUUCCAAAGGGUAAUUCAAACAAUUCCUGGAAAUGUAGCUAUAACGAAUCAACCUCCUAGUAUAAGAGUGGUACAGCCAGCUAGCCAACCAACACCUACUGCCUUAGUGAAUAAUAUGAAUGCUCCUCGGUUAACAUACGUAAUGCAAAGCGGUGUAGGACCAACAAGGCAAUUAUUAAUAACACCAAAUUCUAGCCCGAUGCGGCCAGUAACUUCGUGUAAUAGACCUCCAUUCUCAACUCUAACUUAUAAAACUGGAAUAUCAACAGUUGCGAAUGGAUCGGUUCGAGUUUUAACAACACCAGCUCCUUCAAAUGUACAAUUGAACAAGCAUCCUGCACCAUUACCGGAUACACGAAAUUAUGUUACAAAUCCCCAUUGGAAACUUCCACCCCCUGCACCGUCAUUAAAAAUUUCUAAAGUUGCAAAUGGUAUAGUACUGUCUUGGAAUAUGAAUUUAUCCGACAAAUAUGCAGAUAUUGCUAGUUAUCAGUUAUAUGCAUACCAAGAAAUUGCUGGUAUUCCUCCUAAUACAUCGUUAUGGAAGAAAGUUGGUGAUGUUCGAGCUUUACCACUGCCUAUGGCGUGUACACUUACACAAUUCUCCGAAGGCAAUAAUUAUUACUUCGCAGUUCGAGCAGUUGAUACACAUUCCCGAAAAGGACAGUAUAGUAUACCUAGCAACAUUUCUUUGUAAAAUGUGCGAACAAUUUUCUAAUUAUUAUUUUAAUUUUAUUUUUAACGUACGUUUACAAUAAGUCUUGAUAUAUAACGAAAACAAAUUUCAUGCAGUCUUCUUAAAUUAUCGUCUAAUUUAUUACACCUAUUACAUGUAAAAUAUAUUUACUGAAAUUACAAGUGUAUAGAUUACACGUGCAAAUGAACGUGUUGAAUAGUAAUAAGUAUAUGUUUGAUUAUUAUUAUUCGUACGAUUUCUGAUAACCGCGAUACAGUUAUAAUUAACAUUUCUUUUGUUAGUUUUUUCAUGUUUAUUAAUUUAUAAAGACAGAAAAUAUAAAUUUUAGUUUUCUACUAACAAUAUAUAGUUUAUAUCCUGUCUUUACUGAUGAUAUUGUAUAAAUCAAUGUUAGAACUUCAUACACUUCUGUACCAUGCUUCAUAAUGUAUUCUUUAUACAUAUGUCAUUUCAUAGUAUACAAUAAUUACUGAAUAUUUUUAAUCUUUUUCACAUUUAAAGCAUUAUAUGAAUAAUUUAUAACAGUAACGUGGUAUCAGUCACCAAAUUUUGUUUAUGAAGAAGACAAGAUAUUCUAGUCACAAACCUUUUUUUUUAACAAUUAUUUUAAUAUUCAUUUUUCACGAAGACUGCUACAAUUGCAGGACAAACAUGCAAAUGUUUAAAAGUCUGAUAUUGAUAUUAUUAUUCACUGAAAGUGUUCAUAAAUGUUGCUUCCUUAUGUUACACAGUGUAACUUUCUAUUGAAUUUAGUUCAUUCUCAUUAUUGCUUGACAUGAUUUGCUAAUAUAUAAUUUGCUCAAUUUUGAUACUAUUGUAAUAAAUUUUGAAUAUUAAAUAAUAAAAUACUCCAUAAAUUUCAUGAUGUAAAAAAAAGAUCAUGAAUCACUUCGAAUUAGUAUAUACAUUCAUGUCUAAGUAUUCAGAUCUUGCAUCUAAAUUGUAUAAUACCUUAUUUCUAAGUUUUAACUACUAUUGUGUCAUAACAUUGUAUAAUAAAACAAUUGCUCAUUUUUUA